AUGUCUUCACCUAUGAUAGGAUGGGCCCCUGCCUUUAUAAAUAUGUACAGAAAUCUAAAGAUCAGCAAUUUCUCUACAAAACCAAACACUUUACCAUCAGUGCCGAUUCACGAAACAGAGAUAGGCUCUGAGAAAAGAAUAAGAACUCUCAGGCAUCUAAUUCGAGCCAACCAUAUAAAUCAUGCACUGUUUUUUAAUGAACUUAAAUACCACAAUCAUAUGUCCCACAUCCUCGGCUCAUCUUACAUUUUAGGCGCAGGCGUUAAUCAAUUACAGAAAAUUUAUGACGAGGAAGCAAAAUUACUAGUACCUUGGGAGGAAUCCCCAUGUGAAAUCACUACAACAGAUUGGCGCGAAUUUCUAGGCGAUAAGAGAUAUCAAAGAGCAUUUAUUGAUUUUUAUGAAGACGAGCUAGCUCUAAAAUUUGACUAUGACUGGAAAAACCUUGUCGAUGAGUAUAUGUUUUGUGAAAAAAAGCCUUUGAUUAACGGGGUGAUCGCAGGCCUCGGGCACUCUCUCAUACAUCUUGGAUAUGCCUAUGAGCUCUCCUGUAAAGAGCUUGCCAUAGAAGCCCUUGCAGAAGCAAGCGUCUCAUACGACUUUCUCCAUAAAUAUAUAGAUGACCCUUCAUAUACGAAACCAUCAACCAACAGCAGCAAAUGCCUCCUUAAACUAUUAAAUAAUAUUCGCCAAGAUAAUCGCCUUGAUGAUCUAAUUAAUACUAGUGGCUUCUCCAAUUUUGAUAUCCUCUUCACUAAAUGUGAAGAUAUCAUAUUAGAGCACUGGAACUCUUGGUCUAUAGAAAAUGUUGUGGAGCAGCUACAGAGCUCUCAAGAUAUUGCAAUCGCUUUACUAAUGCAAACGCUCCAUCCUGGCGUACACACAUAUGAUUUCUACAUAGCACAUGUACUCACCACUACACACGCUAUAAGAGUUCUGCUUCCUCUAAUUCCUGAAAGUUUCCAUGUAAAUCUCUUAAGACAGUGGUGGCUGAUGACAAUAUCUGUAUAUAUAAUGCAAUUACGGCGUGAAAUAAACGCAAGUACAGAAAUUCCAACUAUUGAAAAGAGUUGGUCACAUGUGGAACAAAAAGCGCUGACUGGAGUUUGGUCAACGGAUGCACACUAUGUCAAAACUAUAAGAGCAAUAAAGGAGGCCGCGACAACUUGGGGGGACCCAAAUCAAAAUUACCUUGCUGCAGCAAUAAAAUUCGCCGAUGAUUUCGAAGGAUGGAGAUUUGGUGGAGAAGGAGAAUAA